AUGGAUGCCGAAACCGAACAAAUGAUCGAAACAACGGUGCGUGGAAUCCUGGAAAAAUCGAACAUGGACGAGAUGACAGAGUUCAAGAUUCGAAAGCAGGCCUCUGAAGUGCUCGACCUCGACCUCUCUAAACCCCCCUACAAGGCACUCGUCAAACGGGUCGUCCAGUCCUUCCUCGAAGAGCAAAAUCAAAAGGAACAACAACAACGAGAAGCAGAAGAAGAUGAAAACCCGAAACUUGGUGAUGCCCAGGACCAGGAGUAUGAUGAUAAUGGCGAUCUCGUCAUUUGCAGGCUUUCAUCGAAGAGGAAGGUGACACUUCAAGAAUUCAGAGGGAAAUCAUUGGUGUCUAUAAGGGAGUUUUAUAGUAAAGAUGGCAAAGAGCUUCCUACUACCAAAGGAAUAAGUUUGACAGAGGAGCAAUGGGCAGUCUUCAAGAAGAAUGUACCUGCUAUAGAGAACGCCAUCAGUAAGAUGGAGUCAAGGAUCUGA